AUGUCCCAGUUUAGUGACCUACCUGAAAGUAGUGCAGAUUGGGUCGAGUUGACUUCUCAUUUGUUGGGAAACGGGCGGGGCUCACCUCGCACCCGUCACCCCGGCGUUGAGGUGCAUUCAGCUGAUCUCACAAUGCUCUGCUCAGCACUUGAAGAACACAUUAAAACAUCUACUGCUUCCACUGUUCCUGUUAGCUUUCUUCCUUCAGAACCCUUCAAGGACUCUAACCCUGCCCUUCCUCCAGAGCUGUGUUUCAGUCAAUUCGGAGAGUGGCCCAGUCGCCCUGACGUGUCUGGGCCGUGUUCACUGUUGCUCUCAACUGGCCCAAACUCGGUAGGUCAGUGUUCAGCUGAUGCCACUCCACCAAAUUCCUUGGAUGAGUCUUGUUUGGGUAAACCGGAAGAUGAUGAAGAGACUAGUAAACGUCCCUGGCGGCUGAGACACUCUUCAAUAUUUCAGUGGCGUUUCGUCGGGUGGUUUUUGCGUAAUUUUCCCACCGUCUUUCGACACUUUGCGUCCUUCCUUCUUGGUGCAGCCGCGUAUGAUGUUGCUGCUUCUGAAGAAGCGGGUAAAACUCCCAUUUGUCCCACUGGAGUAACAAAGCCCAACUAUGAAGAACAGGGGCACAGCAGAACAGGCUUUAUUGACCAAUCACGAGCCAGAGCCACAAGUCAGACGCCUUCCAUUCGAGUCAUCCACACUGGCCACGCCGCUCAAUACAUACAACUCCUUAUCCGUGUCCUUCUCUGGUUGGCUGCUUAUCUUCCUCGCAUGCCACUGGAACUCAGAGAGACACAGGAUUGGCUGAGGCCAGCAUGGUCCAAUAUGUCUGCGCCCUAUUCCAUCGCCACUGCCGAGACAACCACAAUCAAGUCAGUCCGUACGGGGAAAACAGGGGCUUUAUAUAUCAUUGUCCUGUUCAUCCUGUUCUCCCGUUGGUCCGUUGCGCGUCGCUACAAUGGAGACGGAAAAGUCGUGAGCGGAUUGGCUCUCAGCCCCCGGCGCGUCAUUCAAUGCCCGCACGCCACCACGCAGCCGGAAAUCGCACCACCGGUCACGUGA